AUGAAUUCCCUUGGUCUCCAGACAUAUAUAGAGUUAUGUCAUUUCCCUUCAUUGGCUCAGUCGAAUAUUUUCAACCUUACGUAUAUGCAGUCUGGUAGUGUCAGACGGGGAAAGAAUAAGCCGAAGACGUACGGUCUACUUGUUGCGUUUCUCCGUCCAGUUAACGACCCACUAAGCAGUAAAUAUUGCGUCACCAUGCAUCACUUCGAUAUAGACGGAAAUACCAUCCAGCCGCUAACGAAAAGUAUUGAUUUCGCUUAUUUGCCAGGUGCUUCUGAUAUAGUUUGUAUCAAUUCAUUGCAUGACGAAAUAACUGAUGAAUACUUUGUUGCUUUGGGUUUUGUGAAGGAAGGCGAGAAAGGAUAUCUCAACAUAUACAGAUCAAGGUCUGAAGAAAAGCUACCUGAAAAUUGCUCGAGUUAUUCCAAUUUGCCAUGUGUCCCUCUUCAUUUGACUCAUGCUCACUGUUUGUUCAAAGGUAAACUUCAGUGGGCAUUCUUCCUUUCUUUUGGUGAACCAUUCGUUGAAACUCCAAAUCAGAGUUCAAUACAAUGUCUUCUUCAUCUCUCUCUCGCUUUCGCCACAUACCACUGCUCGCGAUCAUUACGAAGACUCCUGGUCAAGUUAUGUUUGAGUUGCUUUCGCUCUUCAUUGUGA